CCUCUUACCAUCCCAGGACUCAGACCAAGGACCGUCUCCACCUCUCUCUCGAUCUCGCUCUCCCUCUGUCUUGCACUCUUCCUUUCUCACACCCACACACACACACACACAGUACGCUAAAAUGCCUGCAGACUACAAUGGGAAAUGGGAAAUGGUCAAGAAUGACAACUUUGAAGACGUGAUGAAAGCCUUGGACAUCGACUUUGCCACACGCAAGAUCGCCGUCCACCUCACCCAGACCAAGGUCAUGGUCCAGGACGGCGACCGCUUCGAGACCAAGACGCUCAGCACCUUCCGCAACUACGAGGUCAACUUCACCGUGGGGGAGGAGUUCGAGGAGUACACCAAGGGCUUGGACAACAGGACAGUCAAGACACUAGUGCAGUGGGAUGGGGAUAAACUGGUGGCGGUGCAAAAGGGUGAGAAGCCCAACCGGGGCUGGAAGCACUGGAUCGAGGGCGACCUGCUCUAUCUGGAAAUUACAGUGGGCGAUAAGACGUGUCUCCAAGUGUUCAAGAAGAAAAACGAAUAACAUUGCUCUGAGGACCCACCGAAUCCAACCCUGUUAACAAUGUACAUUCAUGCCUGACUCCAAUAAAUUAAUACAUUUGUAAAAAGAAAUCCAAAA